GAGUCGGCGGCGGGAGGCCUCGCAGAGGGAGGCCAGCACGCGCAGAGGGCGGCCCCGGGGGAGAGGGCGCCCGAGGGGGCCGCCCCAGCGAGGCCCUAGGCCGGGGCAGGGGGGCGUCCCCUAUGGGGGAAGGCCCUCCCUGGGGGUCGCGGCGCCAUGCUGUCCCGCAAGGGCAUCAUCCCUGAGGAGUAUGUGCUGACGCGCCUGGCGGAGGACCCCGCGGAGCCCCGCUACCGCGCCCGCGAGCGGAGGGCCCGCUUUGUGUCCAAGAAGGGCAACUGCAACGUGGCGCACAAGAACAUCCGGGAGCAGGGCCGCUUCCUGCAGGACGUGUUCACCACGCUGGUGGACCUCAAGUGGCCGCACACCCUGCUCAUCUUCACCAUGUCCUUCCUGUGCAGCUGGCUGCUCUUCGCCAUGGCCUGGUGGCUCAUCGCCUUCGCCCACGGCGACCUGGCCCCGGCCGAGGGCGCCGCCGAGCCCUGCGUCACCAGCAUCCACUCCUUCUCCUCCGCCUUCCUCUUCUCCAUCGAGGUCCAGGUGACCAUCGGCUUCGGCGGGCGCAUGGUGACCGAGGAGUGCCCGCUGGCCAUCCUGGUCCUCAUCGUGCAGAACAUCGUGGGGCUCAUGAUCAACGCCAUCAUGCUGGGCUGCAUCUUCAUGAAGACGGCGCAGGCCCACCGGAGGGCCGAGACCCUCAUCUUCAGCAAGCACGCCGUCAUCGCGCUGCGCCAGGGCCGCCUCUGCUUCAUGCUGCGCGUGGGCGACCUCCGGAAGAGCAUGAUCAUCAGCGCCACCGUCCACAUGCAGGUGGUGCGCAAGACCACCAGCCCCGAGGGCGAGGUGGUGCCCCUCCACCAGGUGGACAUCCCCAUGGAGAACGGCGUGGGCGGCGACAGCAUCUUCCUGGUGGCCCCGCUGAUCAUCUACCACGUCAUUGACGCCAACAGCCCGCUCUACGACUUGGCGCCCGGCGACCUGCACCACCACCAGGACCUCGAGAUCAUCGUCAUCCUGGAGGGCGUGGUGGAGACCACGGGCAUCACCACCCAGGCCCGCACCUCCUACUUGGCGGACGAGAUCCUGUGGGGCCAGCGCUUCGUCCCCAUCGUGGCUGAGGAGGACGGGCGCUACUCCGUGGACUACUCCAAGUUCGGCAACACCAUUAAAGUGCCCACGCCGCUGUGCACCGCGCGCCAGCUUGAUGAGGACCGCAGCCUGCUGGACGCCCUGACCCUCGCCUCGGCCCGCGGGCCCCUGCGCAAGCGCAGCGUGGCAGUGGCCAAGGCCAAGCCCAAGUUUAGCAUCUCUCCAGAUGCCCUGUCCUGAGCCGUGGUCCCUCGGACCCCCACACGUGUGUGCCUGAGGACAGUGUGGAACGGUAUGUAGAGUGGACGUGAUGUGGGCCCCUUGGCCAGGCCCGGAGUGAGGCUGGGCCCUGCUCAGCUCAGCCUCCCCCUGCUGCCCGCCCAGGGUGCUACAAGGCACUUGUCACUACGCUAUUUCUGGCCUCAGCGGGAGCCUGUACUGGGUUAUUUUUGUCCUUGCUCGUUCCAGCCCCAGCCCAGGACUGGCUCACCCCUCUCCCCCUGCCCCAGGCUAGGGGUUGAGGGAGGUGCCAGGCUCUACAGCGGGGUCUCCAGCCAGUUCCGGGUCCCCAUGAUCGACCAGCCACAAGCUGGGCAGGUGGCUGGGGAAGAGCAGUCCCCUGGGAGGCUGCCACUCUCGCUUGUCUCUCUCUCUCUCUCUCUCUCUCUCUCUCUGGCCCCAAGAAAUGCCUGUGGUCAGGCCCCAGCCCCCACUCGGUCCCUGGAAGAAGCGCUGGGCUCAGGGCUGGGCCUGGCCGGCCAGGGAGGACAGCCCAUGAGAGAGCAUGUGCCGGCUGGAGGGUCGGAGUGGCGCCUACACAGACAGGGACAGGCCGAGACCGACGGAGCUCCCCUCCACGGGGCAGGCUCAGGCCAGGAAGGGGAGGCAGCCGGGGAAGGAGCCCCGAGGAGGCUCGGCUUUGUGGAACUCUGCUCAGGCACGGGGAGCAGACACCUGCGCCGCUGCCCUUAGCCUUCUGCAGUGAGGGCUCCUGGGGGGCUGCCGCGCCCCCGCUUCCCUUCUGUCCCAGAGGCUGAGGAGGGGUCCUGUGCCCGCCACACACAAUGGGUCUCAGCCCCAACUCGUCUCAGCUCCCCACCAGUGGCUCCCACUCGCGUUGACUGUCUGGGGUGGCUGUGGGUGGUGGGGUGAAGGGAGGUGUCUUUGGGUUGCUGGAAAAGGAAGUGCUGGAAAGUUCAGGAUGGAGGGGGAGUGAGGUCCCGAGGCAGAGGUCCUUGGUCCCGACCGAGCCUGGGCUCUUGGAGCGGUGCUGCCUGGAUGUGCCCAGGACUCCACCUUCGCCAUUAUCAAUAAAGCCUCCCCCUCAAGACCUAAA